UGUAUUCACCACAAACUGAUCAUCCUCUCCUCUCAUAGAAACCCUUGUUGGGGAUUAACCCUUCUCUCUAUUUUUCCUUUUUUUGGUAGAUUCGUUCUGUUCCCUCUUCCUCUUCUGUCUUGCCCUCCAUUACAUCUCCGUUCAGCUGCUGCAAGAGGGAGAGAGAAAGAGAGAGAGAGAGAGAGAGAGAAUCCUAUGAUGGGGGACGCACCGAGUGUGCCGGGAGCGUCCGGCGACGCGGCGGAGACUGUGGCAGCGAUCGCUGCAGCAGCCGGGGCAGCCGAGGUCGGCAGCUUCGCGCCGAAUUCGGGCGAGGAGGAGGGAGGGAGGAGGAGGGAGGAGAGCGGCGGGAAUAGGUGGCCGAGGCAGGAGACGCUGGCUCUCUUGAAAAUAAGGUCGGACAUGGACGUGACCUUCCGGGACUCGAGUGCAAAGGGUCCGCUCUGGGAAGAGGUCUCCAGGAAGCUGAGCGAGCUUGGGUAUCAUCGGAGUGCCAAGAAAUGCAAGGAGAAAUUCGAGAACGUCUUCAAAUACCACAAGCGCACCAAGGACGGUAGGACCGGAAAGCACGAGGGCAAGGCCUACCGCUUCUUCGAUCAAUUGGAGGCCUUCGAGAAUCACACCCUCCACUCGUCGCAACCACCACCAAGGCCUCCAGCUCCGGCAGCACAGCCCCCAGCAAUGCAGGCGGUGAUCGGGCCUCACAGCAUCCCUAACGUCCCCACCGCCGCCGUUCCAUUAUCCACAACCCACAUGAGUAACCACCACAACAACAACAUCAAUAUUAUCCCACAGAAUAACUUGGCCACUUCCUCCACCGUCCUAAACUUCACGAUGCCUUCCUUCCCACCACCUUCAAACCCUACCGUUGUCAUUCCUCCUCCUCCACCGAACUCUGGUUUCCCCAGGGGCGCCCGGCCUGGAGAGCCCACCUCCAAUUCGACCUCGUCAUCAACAUUCUCGGAUGAGGGGGUGCCACGAGGAAAACGUCCCAAUAAGCGGAAGAGAAGGUGGAGGGACUUCUUCGAGAGAGUGAUCAAGGAUGUGAUGGACAAGCAAGAGGAUCUGCACCGCAGCUUCCUGGAGAUGAUCGAUAAGUGCGAGCGUGAGAGGGCCGCCCGAGAAGAGUCGUGGUGGAUGCAGGAGACCGCGAGGCUUGCCCGGGAGCGCGAGAUCCUGGCCCAAGAGAGGUUGGCUGCCGAAGCCAAGGAUACGGCGGUCAUGUCGUUCUUGCAGAAGAUAGCGGAACAGCAAAGCCGCAGGUCUUCGCCGGCCCAGAAUAAUAACCCGCUGUCGCAACAGCUAGUGGCAGUGCCAACCCCAGCUACACCAAAACCAUCCACGGUGCCGCCACCGGCGGCGGCGGCGGCGGCGGCCCUUCCAUCUCAGAUGAGGAGCAUCGAAGUCCCAAAGGCCGACAAUGGGGUGCAUUUUGCGACCCCCCGGGGAGGUGGUGCGGCGAGCUCUUCUAGGUGGCCGAAAGUGGAGGUCGAGGCACUGAUAAGGUUGAGAACGAAUCUCGAUGGGAAGUACCAAGAGAACGGGCCGAAGGGGCCGCUGUGGGAGGAUAUAUCGGUGGCAAUGCGGAGGCUCGGGUACGAGCGGAGCUCGAAGCGGUGCAAGGAGAAGUGGGAGAACAUAAACAAGUACUUCAAGAAGGUGAAGGAAUCCAACAAGAAGCGUCGCGAGGACUCCAAGACGUGCCCCUACUUCCAGCAGCUCGACGAGCUAUACCGAGAGAAGAGCAGCAAGAGCGGCGACCUCGGCUCUUCGACGCUGUUCACGUGCACCACUCAGUUCAGUCCGAUGAUAAGCACGGCAGCUCCACUGAUGGUGGCCCCGGAACAGCAGUGGCCGCCUCCGCAGCAGCUGCAGCAACAGCAACAGCAACAGCAACAGCAACAGCAAGAGAUGGAUGAGAUGGAAGGGAACCACAUUGGUGAAAACCAAGAAGACGACGACGACGACGACGACGACGACGACCCCAGCAAUAUCGAUCGGGAGGAAGAGGAGGGCGAGGAUGACGAUGGCGAUGACGACGGCCGUGAGUUCGAGAUCGUGGCUAGCAAACCGUCUUCAAUGGGCGCAGCCGAGUGAAACUGGCUCACUUCACCGGGUUCAGGCAAGACUCCGUGGGGAUCGAUGAACGGGUCGGAUCCCGUCGGUAUGCGGUGGACGGAUUCAUGCCGAAGCAAGAGCGAAAUGGGCUUGUUGCAGAUAAAGGUGAGCGGACUUUCAUGUUUAUUUCCAAUUUAUUACGAUUUUUUUGGGGUUGAGAAAAUAAAAUUUCACAUUGGGGAUAGAGAUACAUGUAGAACAGGAUAAGAUUUUUCAUUUCUGGUGUAAAUGAUGUGGUUAAUAGAGAAUUUGGGUCUGUGUCGCUUUUCUUGCACGAGCGAGUUUUGACCGAGA